AUGACAUCCCAUCAGCCACCCACCUUCUUGUCUCGUGUAUUUGGUGCCAACUCUAACGUGAGGGAUGAGACAGAGUUAUCCAGUAUAAGAGAUGGUUAUAAUUCACAAGGCGCUAGUAAUAAUCAUUCACUGCUUGGUGGUAGUGGGAGAGGCCGUAAUAGGUCAUUGAUAGAGUCGGAUCAAGAGGAAAGUGAAUCAGAUCAUGAAUUUGCAUAUGAAGAGGAUGAUGAUGAUGAAGACGAUGAUCUAUACCACCCACAAGACUAUAUUACCAAGAAUGAUAACAAGAAUGGAACUCGUCAAAAUUCAAAUGAUACUGAUAACCCUAAUCAACUUGAUUUCAUCAAUGAAGGAGACCAUGAACAAGAAGAUGUACCCAUAUCGAUCAUGGUUCAACCUGAUAAUAAUAAACAAAAACAACCUUCCAGAGAGACAUUGAAUAGAAAAAACUCUUUCAAAGACCAAAUAGGAAGAAAAAUCAACUUUCCCAAACUAAGGAGUCAACCACCAUCAAAACCAUCAACAUCUUCAAAUCAAAAUGUUCAAUUUCCAGUGGACGAUUUAGAAGCUCAAACAUCAUAUAAAAGACCUAUUCAUGAGAACAUAUCACCUAGUAUUGGUGAAGAUGAGAGAGCAAGAAGAGCUAGAUUAGGUAUAUUGAAUCCUAAAGAGCGUGCAUUGUGGAGAUGGGCAAAUGUUGAGAAUCUUGAUAGGUUUUUACAAGAUGUAUAUUCUUAUUAUUUAGGAAGUGGUUAUUAUGCUAUUUUAUUAUCUAGAACUCUUGAUCUUGCAACAUUAGCUUUUGUUGUUUAUUUUUCAACAUAUUUAUCCACAUGUAUUGAUUACUCAAAGCUAAGUGACUCACAUACAAAAAGCCUUGAUCAAAUUAGAGUUGAUCAAUGUUAUUCAAAAAUCCAUGCAUUUCCAAAAUUCAUGCUUUGGUUGUUUUACAUUUAUUUUGCACUGAAAGUUGUACAAAUUUAUUUGGAUGCUAAAGCUCUCAAAGAUAUUCAUCAAUUUUACAAAUAUUUAUUGGAUAUUUCAGAUAAGGAUUUACAAACCAUCUCAUGGCAAGUCGUCGUCAGUCGUUUGAUGUUAUUGAAAGAUCAAAAUGCAGUUACAUCAAACGUAUCAGAUAAAAAGUCAAAAUCGAGAAUUGAUGCCCAUGAUAUAGCAAAUAGAAUUAUGAGAAAGGAAAAUUAUUUUAUUGCGUUAUAUAACAAAGAAAUUUUGGACUUGACAUUACCUAUUCCUGGAUAUAGAAAGAAUUUGUUAACAAGAACAUUAGAAUGGAACUUGAACUUAUGUAUCUCAGGAUUUGUUUUCAAUGAAAGUGGUCAAAUAAGACAAUCAUUUUUGAAAGAAGCCAAAAGAAAAGAAUUAGCUGAUGAAUUAUCGAAAAGAUUUAUGUUGGCUGGUAUAUUGAACAUUGUACUUGCACCAUUGAUUGUUACGUAUUUCAUCUUGUUAUACUUUUUCAGAUAUUUUAAUGAAUACAGAAGAAAUCCAGGAUCAAUUGGAUCCCGACAAUAUACACCAUUUGCAGAGUGGAAAUUCAGGGAAUUCAAUGAAUUAUAUCAUUUGUUUCAAAGAAGAUUGAAUCUUAGUGUCCCAGAAGCUGCAAAAUAUGUUGAUCAAUUUCCAAAGGAGAAAACUACCAUUGUUUUGAAGUUUGUUGCUUUUAUAACAGGUUCGUUUGCUGCUGUAUUAGGUAUAUUAUCAGUAGUAGAUCCUGAUAUGUUUUUCAACUUUGAAAUAACAAAAGAUAGAACUGUGUUAUUUUACAUCAGUAUUUUUGGUACUAUAUGGGCUGUUUGUCAUGGUGCAAUUCCUGAAGAAUAUCAAGUGUUUGAUUCUGAAGCUAGUCUUAAACAAGUUGCAACUUAUACACAUUUCUUACCACAAUCAUGGGAAGGAAAAUAUCACACAGAAGAGGUCAAAGCUGAGUUUUGUGAAUAUUUUGAUUUGAAACCUUUCAUAUUACUUCGUGAAAUUUCAAGCUUAAUAAUGACUCCUUUUAUUCUUUGGUUUUCACUUCCAAAAUCUACAAAUAGAAUUGUGGAUUUCUUCAGAGAAUUUUCUGUACAUGUUGAUGGGUUAGGAUAUGUUUGUACAUUUGCAAUGUUUAACUUUGAUAAGUCUAAAAAGGGUUUGCAGUCAAAGAAAUCUAUAUCACCAAAUGAUCCAAGAAAGACCCAUUAUAAUUCAGGUGAAGAUAAAAUGAUGAAGUCAUAUUUAUAUUUCAUGGACAGUUAUGGAAAUAAUGAAACACAAAGAAAUGGGAGGUUACAGAGACCAGUGAGAUCACAACCUUUACAUCACUCUUCAUACGGAGAAUUAAGUCAACAGCAAAGUGUCACUAAUUUAGCCAAUGAUUUUGGAUCCAAAUCUGUUGUCUUGAAAAAUAGAAGACCACCUACUACAGGCUAUCAAAAUUUCAAGGCCCCAGAAAUGAAUACUUCUAAUGAUCGCGCCCUAUUAGGAGAUUCAUUUAUUACAACCAUGCCUCAAACAGAUGUUAAUGAAGCUGAAGAGGAUGGAGCACAAAAUCCAGGAGUUUUAGGUUUACUAAACCAAUUUUAUAAAGAUUAUGAGAUCUCGCAUAAUUGA